GCUGCGCCCCCGAAUGUGGGGAAGGACAACUUCACACGGCAAGCUCCAACUAAACUCCAGGGUCCAGACUUCCCAACUAUUAACGAGUCUCACGGUACUGGUCUACUCUAUUGUCGACAUGGCUUGUCAGUUCCUAGAGACAGGUACAAUUACAGGCACAGGAGAAUCGAGGGACGCCCAACAAUCAGGGCCAGCUAUUGACGUUUGGACAAAGACUAUAGUUAGCUCGCCCUGAAAACCUGUAACACAGGGCUGCUCAGGUCAUUCUCCAUACUGUAUAGACUGUGCUGAUUCUGCUGAAGCACUUCGUUACCGCACGCGUAUCAGGGCAGGGGCCAAAGCGUCGCUUAUGAGCUAGUCUCUACUUCACGAUUGCAACCGAUUCCUGGUUAUGAGACAGAGCACUCGGAGGGUAACCAAAGGCUUCGCUUCACCUACAAAGGCAGAGUGACUUGCCAGCGUAGAGUCAGGCUCACAUUGUGACAUUGCUGUAGCUAGCUUGCAAGCGCAGUUGUAUGGCCAUCGACUCAAGCUCUAGCAAUUACACAGCCGCUCUUGUAUAAGCACGCAGUAUUAUGGAAGCUCAUCCAUGACUCAUCAUGGCAUGAUCAUGCUCAUUGCUCUUAAUUCAAGAAGUUGGCCAGGAAGUCGCCCAGGUCCUGUCAGUCAGCAGUCACAACUAACAAGCUGAAGCAUGAAUCUGCAUGAUUAAUAUCUCUCGGCAGAAAGCAGAGCCGCGUGUUGUAACUUGUACUCUGGGAGGCUGUGACUGUUUGUCAGACUAAGUGCCAGGCUAAACUUGUCAACGCAUCAAGUUCCUCAAAACGGCAACGGGCAUCUGCUCCUGAUUGGUUGGGCAAGACGCAGGCAUCAAGUUGCCUCAAGCGGAAAUCUCAUCUAUCACUCAGCAAUAGUAGAUUAAGCAGUAGUAGAACAGUUGUACACUGUAGACAGUAUAC